UGACGCGCCGCUAGCACUACACUACACGAAACUACAAAAAAAAACAACUACAAAAGUGUUAAAAAACUACAUCUCAAUAAACAAUCGAAAAGAACCCUAAAAGACUAUAAACUUUUUGGUGAAAGAACUUCGUUCUAAAUUCAAAUUCGAGUUCGUUCAAGAAUCGUGCGUUCAUUUUUUUUUUAAGAAACGGUUCUAGUCUUUUUGAUAUAUUUUUUUAAUUUAAAAGAUUAAUAAUUUGAUUGGACAAAGAGGUUUUAUUUUAGUAUUUGGCCAGUGUGUGUGAGGAAAGCGCGCGGAGCAUGCGCCUGCGCUGAACAUUUUCACUUUCUACGUGACGUUGACGGGACGUUGAGCGAUGGUUUCCGUAAGCCUAAUACGGAUAUGUGCCAUAAUUUGGCUGGUCUGCGCAGCCACUGUUAACGCAGACUCCAGUGAAAACACCACAACCACAAAAACGAUACGAACAACCAUCCUCCCUUCACGGACCACUCGAACAGAGUUGAAGGUCUCCAGAAGUCUGAACCCACAUGAGACUCAGACCUUAAAUGUGAGGACCAAGUCAGGACAUUUAACACAGUUAAUAGUCAAGAAGAAAGACGCAAAGUCAACAACACACGGGAGUAGCACUACUCCUGCACCGACGACUGUAGCGGUCAGAACCACAUUGACUACCGCAAGAGUGAACAACACAGACGAUAACAAGAAUAAGACAGAAAGUAGAGACCAAAGAAAACUUAAUUUUGGUACAGUCAGCAGCGAUCUAGCUGGUUUCGAUUAUUAUUUAAACAGAAACAAACACGACGACUUUGCUGACAUAAAAGCGGAAUACGGAAACUGGUCACCUGUAUCAGUUUAUCCAGAGUCACAUAUACAAGAGGAUGGUGGAAAACCAGAAGCCGACCCCGAAACCUCCAAUUAUUAUCCAACAUACGAUAAUGAUAAGAAGACCGAAAAUAAAAAAGUGUACAUAACUACUACCAGUUUUAUGGAUUACAAUCGACCCGCUAAAAGUUAUAGAUUCGACCCUAAUAAUCCUGUUAUAAAGAAUGAUCGCAAUCCAGUUUAUAUAGAAGUUGUAAGUACAAAAGUGUCUGAAGGUGAGAGCAAAUCUGCAAAUGUACCAGAUCCAGUUAUGGUUAGUUCUGAUCCCAUGUAUAUAAAGAAAGCUAUUGAAAAGUACAAUAAUAAACGUGGAAGAUCUAUAUUGACACUAGGAGAUGAUGGCAUACCGGAAAUACAAGGUGUAAGAAUGCCUGAUGACGAAUCUGAUAAGAAAACAUGGAGAAACGCGAGAGUUGUCAAUGGUGAACUAUUACCCUACCCAGAAGGAUAUAGCCCACCGAAAGCUGUGCCAGAAGCUGAUGUUUAUCCAGAUCUAACAGCCGCAGAUCCAUCUCAAAACUUGGGCCCCUUCACUAAGGAAGAUAAUUUUGAACAGCAAGAUGGUCCUUUCACAAAGUUUGAUAACAUAAAAUUCGAAAAUAACGACUUCAUCCCGACCACUUAUACAUAUAGCAAACCUAAAAAAGAUAACCAUUUUGUGAAGUCAGGAUAUGGUCCAUUCACAAAAGCUGAUAAUUCUAAAGUAGCCAACUCAAAACUAAUAGAAUACAUUAAGCAAAUUAAUGAACAAGAAUCCAAACGAGACUACUUCAGUGGGCGUAGUUCUCGAGCUCAUAAUGGUGAUCUGGAAUACGCCGAAAGCCAUAUCCAAAGACGAAUGCUACAACACCCCGGCGAAGUGAGCUUUCCUAACUCUGUAAUUUACACGCCCAAAAAUGCUCAGCCAAGUUUCGAUGAAAGCGUGAGAAAUCCAGUUCUUCAAUAUGCACACCCUGAGCUAGGAGUGCAACCUGCUAAAGCUACUCGAGACAGCAUUGAUAAUUAUGAUAAGGAACGUAAAGUUAAAUAUUACACAACAAGUGUUCCAAAAAGCGCUCAUCCCUAUCCCAUGGAGCCUAUUAAUGGUUACAAUCAACAACGCAGUCAGAGUAACGGACCAAAUGCUAAUAGGUAUUACGAAGACGAAUAUAAUAAAUUUGCUUACUACGACAACUCGCAAAACAGAUACCCUUACGGUUAUGGCUACGGUUAUAUAAAACGUGUUCCUGAACCUUCAUUGUGGCAAAGAUUCACGGACUCAAUGAAGGACACGAUUAACACAGCAAGUCAGACCGUUCAUCAACUAACCAGGCCCAUAAUUGACCCAAUUGCUAAAGUAACUCAACCUGUAAUAGAUCCCCUCGUUGAAGCUACACAGAAAAUAUCACAUAACCUUGGCCUAUAUUCACCUAAUUCUAUCACUCAGAGAUACGCUCAAGACAAGAUCGGUGUUGCGGCAGCUGCUUCUGGGGCUCCAGCGAUGCUGCCUGCUAUUGGUCUCAUGGCUGGAGGAGCAGCAUUAGGGCUCGGUGCAGUCGCUGUUGGAAGAUUUUUAGACGUUAACCUCAUGCGUAGUGGGAGAACGGGAGAUGACACUGAUGAAUUGGAGAAAGAACAUAAGAGAGCCUUUGCAAAUGCACCAUACGAUAUAGAUAGGAAGAUACUCAGCAGACAGCAAUACUACGAUGACAAUUACAAAAUGCCGAGCGAGAAUGUGUACGUCGUCAUGUCACCUGAAACAGAGACUGGCCGUUCAAAGAGAAACGCCGUCAGCUACUAUGAGCCUUAUCAAAAUAUAUUCGUCAGACAAAGAAGAAACGUCAAGCGAUCCAUAGACGAAGUAUCUGAGGACUUGCAACACCUCGAUGGUAGUCCAGGAGCCCCGAGUUUGACGGCUACGGCGAUGGAUCUAGUGAAACAGACGGAUUGGAGAGACUCUCAGUGUGCCAAGUUUACGUUCUGUAAGGUGCUAACUUCUCAAUCAUCAGACUCUUUGUUCGCGAUGGAAAAGAAAAUGGCGUCGCUAUUAAAAAUGUUAUCGCGAGGCAGCAGCGCGAGCGCGGCGGCGGUGUCGCAGCAGCUGGGAGACGUCAUGGCGGCCAGCAGGGACCACGCCUGCCACCGCUUCGUCUGCGACUCUCCUCGGUAGACCACCACGACUACGCCACACCGCCCACGACCAGCAUCAUACGAUAUCAUCAUAACAAUACGUCUUAAUACCAAUAGAAGUUUGCCGUGAUAUGGCAUUAAACUGUAUGUUCAGAAUCAGCCUAUUUUAAUGGCUCACUGCAGGAUAGGUGAAAUAGAUACCCAUCACGCUGCUCCAAUGUGGUUUGGCGGUUAGGGUGAUAAAUACAUUAACGACCAUUAUCAGAUGUUAAUGAUGAUGCCCGGGACGGACGGCUCAACAUGCUGUCCGAGUUACAGUGUACUCGUAACUCCACCAACUUCCAAACUCCGGGCUGAGAAUUUUAACUGAAAAAUUCAGUACCUCUUAUAGCCCGACGCAGGAUUCGAACCCUGGAAUCUCCCUCAUGAUCCGAAAACUCAUAGCUGAACCACAAAGCAAUGUUUUGUAAUAACACUCAUAAAUAAGGUCCUCGCACACGGUUACAUAUUUUCUCAAUAAACUUAAGACAAAAAACCAGCAAAGCAAAAAUAUGUUCAUGGGCAAUUAUUGACUGACUAUGAGUGGUUGCACCGGUUCCUUGUUGAACGGGUUUUAAAAAAAUUAAAAUAUGAUGGUGUGUUAUUAUUGAGUUAGGAAUUCCAAAUGAGAAGAGUACCUAAAUCGCGAAUGUAUACGUAAAGAAAAUAUGUAUUUAACGAAACAAACGAUUGCAUAGGUACACAUAUUUUACCUACAUGCGUUAAACCAUCACCAAUUUGGUGAUUUUUAUUAUACUUACAUGUACGUACCUAGUGUAGCGAAGCACCUGCGGGACGUUCGCAGCGGAAUGUUCAGCUGAAGACGCACGUAAGCCGUCACACCAUCCGCAGAUGUGUCGCUACACUUACUGCUAAAAUAAGCCCAAGAAAAUACAUAUGUAAGAGUAGGUAUACCGAUAUGAAUAUACUAAAUUCAUGAAUAAAAAUUCAUGAAAAUACUAAUUUCAUGAAUACUGAAUAAACCUCAAUCUAAUGCUUCAGGAGGCUUCAGGCAUAUGCAUUGUCAAUUGUCAUUGAGAAUAGCAUUUUGUAGCAAUGUUGAAUUGUCAUUUUAUAUCCCUACUCCCUGAAUUUAAAUUUCUUAAAAUUAAUAUUGUAUAAAUACUAGUACUUAAUAAUUUAUUGUAUACUAUUAAUAUUUUAGUUAAUUUACAUUAGAAUAUAAUAAAAUAGCCUCCAAUAAAAUAAUGUGACAAAAAUGAGUUAGCCAUAUUAAGUCGUUCCUAGGAGUAAAUAAAUCUAUCCUAAGCGUGUUCACGAGAAAGAAGUGGAACUUUUAUAUUUGUACGAUUUUAAAAGCUUAUAACAUAAACUCAAGCGUCUGAUCAAUUCAUAUUCUGGAUUUCAAACUUAACUGAAACUAUUCAGGUUACAUUGAUACUGUUUUUUAUUUCGAAAUUUCGUAUAAUUAUCCCCACCGUAUUCAUAAAGUUUUAUUACCAAAAAGUUUCACUUCAAAAAUACAGAUUUUUUCUAGGAUUUUGUUACCAUUUUGUAUAACGACUUUUGAAAUUCAAAAUUCUCUGAGUUACAAUUUUGUACCUUUUAAUAACUUAACAAUAAGACAUCUUUUUAUAGCUUGUUUAUUUUUUCUAUUAAAUAAAAAAAAAAAAAAAAAAAAAAAAAAAAUGAAAAAUGAAUUUUAUUCGUUUUAUAAACAUUACAUUACAUAGUAGGGCUGAGACCUUCUUUUAAGUGAAAACCUGUGUCAGAAGGUCUCGCUCUCGCUAGUAAUUAAUAUAUUAUUAUACGUUAUAAGGAAAAAAACACAUCAAAAGAAAAUGAAUUGAAAAUGGAGUACAUAAGUGUGUGUGAGUGCGUGCGUGCGUGUAGUUGUGUGUGAGAGUGUGUGUGUGUGUGUGUGUGUGUAUGUGUUUGCGUGUGUGUGUGUGAAUGUGUGGCAUUCCUUCCCCUUGUUUUAUUUUAAUUUAUUUAACAAUCUUUAGGAGAUCUUCGCUUUGAUCAUAGUCAAGCCCUUUCAAAAAUUCACUCACCCUAUUUCUACAAUCAUACAAAUUUAGUGGAUAUAUAUUUAACUGUUUAUUUAUUUUAUUGUAUAACAUACAAGAUUGCUUUUUAUAUUGGGUCGCUGCAAAUACAGUUUUAGACAUGACCAUAGGGAAUGCUGCACUUUGAGUUCUUUUAUUUAUAAUGGACUGAUCAAAGCGAAGAGACUUAUGAAGUUUUAAAAUGGAACUUAAUAUAUAUAGUUGUCUUACUGUUAACACAUUGCUACAUAGAUACAGAAGGUCAGUAGGAUGUCGAUAAGAUUUAAAAUGUAUAAUUUUUAAUAAAUAGCGCUGAGCUCUUUCUACCUCAAUAAAUCGCGUUUUUGCAGAGCCUCCCCACAAAGAAAUACAAUAGGAUAUUACCGAUUGGGCUAAAACUACAUAUAAUUUCAUAAGUAAUUCAGUUGGAGCAAUAAGCCUCAAUUUUUUAAAGAUCCAAGUUAAUUUUCUUACUCUAUUGGCAACUAAUUCAAUUUGGGGAUACCAUGAUAGAUUUUGGUCGAUAAUGAUACCUAGAUAUUUAGUCGAAGAUACUUUAUGAAUAUUAGGACAAGAGCAAUGUUGACUAAUUAGAUCGUUACAUGUGUGAAUUUUUAUACUAAAAUUGUCGUCAGGUUGUGUAUUGUUUUUUAUUGAAAAACAAAUAUAACUAGUUUUAUCAGUAUUUAAAGUAAGAAGAUUUGAAUUUAGCCACAAGGAUAUCUUGGAGAGACCUUCUUCGGUACGGCUUUUAACUUCUUUCCAAGAGGUUCCGGAAAACACUAUGGCAGUAUCAUCAGCAUAGCAAAAUACUUUAGCAUUUGUAAGAUUUAGGUGGCAUAUACCAUUGAUAUAUGCAAGAAACAAAGUAGGCCCUAAGACACUUCCCUGUGGAACACCGUAAGAUAUGUUUGUCACUUCGCUAACAUACUCUUUUAUUUUAACUCUUUGCGUUCGGUUUGUCAGGUAGUCCUGCAAUAAUUUUAAUGGACUGCUUCUAACUCCCAUGUGCUCUAGUUUUUUCACAAGAAGAGGUACUGAAACUGUGUCAAACGCUUUUUUUAAAUCUAGAAAAACGCACAGACAUUUUCUUCUUUUAUCAAGUUGUUCAAUUAUAGAGGAACUUAGACUAAGAAUUGCAUCUUCAGUCGAUUUUCCUUUUCUAAAGCCAAAUUGUGAGUUUGAUAAUAAGUUGAAUUUUUCAAAGUAGUUAAUGAGCCUUGUAUUAAGACACUUUUCAAGUAUUUUAGCGAAGACUGAAAGGACUGAUAUAGGUCUGUAGUUAUUUAAUUCUGUUUUGGUACCACUCUUGUGAAUAGGUGUAAUGAUUGCUUCUUUUAGAGGUGACGGAAAAACUCCUUUCUCGAAACACAGGUUAGUGUAGUGGCAAAUAAUAGGAAUCACCUCUUCCUUUGCUAUCUUUACGAAGUUAGUAGUAAUAUUGUCCCAGCCUGAUGAGCUUUUGGAUUUGAGACCAGAAAUUAUACUAGUAAUUUCUUCUACAGUAGUACCCAAUAACACGAAAGAUGAAAGUUGGUUAUUGGGUAUGUCUGGAGUGUAGGUUUUCAACUGAUUACUUGUUAUUAUGUCUUCUGCUAAUUUCUUGCCAAUACUGGCAAAAUAAUCAUUAACGUAAUUAGCAGAGUUGGUAGGAGAUGAUCUAAGUUUAAGCAACGUAGUAUUGUCAUUAUGAGUUUUCGCUAGGUUAGUGACUUUUUUAAUGUUUAACCACAAGGUCUUGGAAUUUUUCGAGGAUUUUGCUAACUGUUCUCUGUCAUAUUUUAUUUUUAAUUUUUUAAUAAGAUUGUUGCAAUAGUUUCUGUAGCGCUUAUACGUUAUUUUUAUUAUCUCAUCAUGAGGAUUUAGUUUUACCUUUUUUUGUAGUUUGUUACGAUUUUUUAUACAUCUCAGGAUACCUGGCGUGAUCCACGGCUUUAUAAUGCGUUUAUUUCUUGGGAUAUAUACAGUUUUCGUAUUUAAUUCUAAGGUACUUUUUAGAUCAUUUAUUAGUUGAUAGAUUACAUAGUUAGGGUCAUCAAAAAAAAGUAAUCGAGAAAGAUUUUUUUCAGUUAGAGUUUUAAGAGCGUCAUCAUAAUUUGUAACAGUUUUUGUUUUUGGGGCAUAAUUUUUUCGUUUAGGAUUUUUUAAGUUUAGUAGUACAGUUAAAUGAUCAGUGAUUGUGGUGUUAAGAACAACUAUGUUUGCAGAUGUAUUGUUUUUAUUAAUUUUUAGGAAAAAGUGAUCUAGACAAUUUGACCCACGGGUAGGAAGCACAUGCCCAGGUAGAAAUCCGUGAGUAGAGAGCAUAUUCAAGUAAUUAGAUCUAUUGUUACGCUCAUUUGCUCGUUCGGUAACUUUUGGAAUAAUGUUUAUGUUUAUGUCACCAGUCAAAAUUAUGUUUUUUUGUGUUUUUAAAUUUUCGAGGUAACUGUUUAAAGAGUUGAUAAAUGGAUCUGCAAAAGAACCUGAGGGAGAACGAUAUAUGCCGAUAAUUAUGCAACCAUCUAAUUCUAUUUGAAGACAGGAUGCGUCUGAUAACAUUAUCUCACUGGAGUCGACAUUUAGCGAGUUUUUUACAUAAAUUACCACACCAUCAUUUUGAUUUAAGUAAGUAGUGGUUGCAAAAGUGUUAUAGUUUUGUAGAAUUGGCAUAUUUUUGUCAGGAUUAAGCCAACAUUCCGUCAGUACGAUUACAUCUGUAUCAAAGUUAAAUGAUGAGAGCGUAAUUUCCAAGUCGUGUAUAUUGCUGUAGAUACUACGAAUGUUUUGAUUUAGGACGGUUAUAUCCUGAUCUCUAACCUGAAAGUGGUUGUCUAAUUUUUCUAGAUCGCAGUUACAUGAUUGAGAUAUAUCUGAAUUAUCUAUUUCUUGCGCAUUUGAUAAUUGACUAUCCAUGUUUGAAUAUACCAAAUAUACUUUGUACUUUGUUUAAGUAAUAUCCAACGAGAUGUAAGACAGCAGUAUAAGUAAAUUGCAUGAACCAUGCAUGGUGACCUUAGCAAUGUUAAAACAUGGUUCCAAGACGUAAGAGUAAAAGUGUGUUUCAAUUUAUUUUGGCGAGUAGUGUAGUGAUGAGAGUGUAUUAUAUUAUUAUAUCUGCUUUGUAAAUAUAAAUAUAAAAGUAUUUUAGUGUAUACUAGGUUCAUAGCACAUGUACCCGUAGACUUAAAAGUAAGAAAGCUUAUUACUAGGAAUGUUUGUGGAAGUGUAGUAAAAAAAUAGGAUAUUGAACACUUUAAAAAAUAAGUUAUUUGAAUUAUACAUUGGUAAACUAAAAUAACUAGUCAUUUUUGUAACAAUUUAUGCACUUGAGCCUCACUGGUUAUGUUCACAAUAGGUGAAUUUUCAUCUUUGCGUACGUAUACUUUUCCAAAGGCCGUCCAACAGAAUUUGUACGUUUUAGAUUUGGAAAGGUCCCUAGCAAGAAAAUAUAAGCGAGAUCCUUUUGCUGUAAGUUGCUCGGAAAUAAACACCGGGACCUCUUCCUCUGUACGGAACCCAAGAUGCUUAGCGCGUAGCUUACUCUUGUUUUUUAAGUUGAAUUCUUUACACUUUUUGAGAAAGCUCGUUUUUAACAACGUUGACGAUGUUUCAACCACAAUGGGAGUGCUUCGACUUUUCUCUCCUUUUCCGCGAACUCGGUAUAUAUCCGUAAUAUCCUUUUUUUCAAAUUGAUAUCCUAUAUUUUGUGAUAAAAACAUGACCAUGCCUAUAAGUUCAUCCUUGGUUUCUUUCAAUUUAAUCGGCACAUUUUUGAUUUCAAAAUUGUUUUUUUUACUGGAUCUCUGAAGAUCUUCAACUUUUUCCUCUAAGAUCGAAAUGUACUGACUGUCCUCUUUUAUUUUAUUUUCGAGUAAACAUAUUUUAUUUUUAAACUCCUCAUUUUGCACGGUAAGAAAAGCCAACGAGUUUUCUAUGUUCACAUUUGAACUCUGAAUCUCUUUUUGAGAUGAAGCUAUUUUUUGUAGUUCAUUUGCCUGAGCAGAGAAUAAAGAUUGUAUCAUUAAUUUAAUUUCAUUUUUAAAAUCAUCAAAUUCACUACAAAUAUUCGUUUCUCUGCUUCUUUUGGUUCUAUAAGAAGUAAAAUUAGGUGGUGUUCUGUCUUCUCGGCUCCCCAUAUUACUAUCAGAGCAAUAUCCAGAAUUAUUUGAUAUGUUCUCCAUAUUGAAAUGUAAGUGAUAGUAUUCAAACCGCGAUAAUCCUAGUUGUGAAGUGAUUUUUCGACUUACUUCGUCUAUAGACAGCCUUAUGCCAAAAGGCAGGAGCUCAGGGCCGAAAUUGUCUUUGGAAAUGUCAGAAAAAGUAAUAUAAUAUGGCAAUACUGACACUGACUUUGACUUAGCUAUAAGUGACGUCCGUGGCCAAUCAGCUGAUUUGUUUUGUUAUUUUCGGUCACUUAAUUGGUCGCUAAUUAGUGUUUAUUAGUAUUUUAAACACUUUUGUCAAAAUAACGGUUGGUGUUGAAGAGACCAAAAAAGUUUUGUUCACAAAAUUAACCAGGAAAUUUGUCCAUAUACAAAGUAAACACACUGUAACACACUAGUACUAUCAGCCAACAACUGUAAGUCACUGAUUUUAGGUUAUAUAUGUGAUUAAAACACUUAUUUUAGAUUUAUUAAAACGGGAGCACAGAAUACUAGUGUUUAUACGGUGACACCGGAAGCGGAAGAGGAUACAGUAGUAGAAAUAGUCUACACGUAUACAGUUAUAUCACGUAUGAACUAUAAGUUGACUAAAAUUGGUUAUUGUAUCUUAUUUUAGGUUAUUUUACUUACAAUUCACAAUUUGGCAGUAUUUACUUACUGAAUUGUAGAUUGCAGUGACUAUUUAUUUAAACUGUUUUGUUAAUUAAGUAGGUAUCCUAAGUAAUUAGACUAUUUAUUUAAAUUAUUCUACAAUGCGCUUGUUAAGUUGUAAAUACGCUUUUGCAAAAAAUCUAAAUUAUUUAUUUAUUUUUACAAAUAAAAUAUACAAAUAUAA